AUGGAUUUAGUUACUAGUAUUGAUCUUGUGGAAGACUCUGGAAUGAUGGCUUCACCCGGUAGUCAUGUAGCAACUUCCCAGCUAGCAACUUCUUAUGAAACAAUUCUCCUGGGGGAAUUGACUUUGUUGCUGCAGCAAAUAGCCAAGUUUGCCACACCUCUUCAUUACUCGAUUUUUGGAGACAUUUCUGUUUGUAGCACAGAGUUAGACGACUGCAUCUAACGGAACGACAGGAGAAGGAGUUAUUAAUAUGGAUCGUGGGCAAACAGUUUUGAGCUCUUCACUGAAUUCCAUUGCUGGGAUCAAUAACGUACAAUUUUUUAAGCACAUUUUAUAGUGUUUACUGGCAACAAUGAAUCGUGGGAGCCAGUUCGUAGAAACACUGAAGACCAUCGGUUAUCCUAAAGCUGACAGACUUAAUGGAGAAGAUUUUGACUGGCUGUUUGAGACUGAGGAAGACAGAUUAUUUUUGGAAUGGUUUUGUAGCAGUGGAACUGAACAAAACAUUUUAUCUGAACAUGAACUGAAAGCAUUUGAAUCUCUUAGGCAGUCUGGGAAGCCUGUUCUGGAUGAGAAAGAUUUGGAUCACCUUUUUAAAACCUGCAAAAGUACCAACUCCGAGCAUGAUAAAAAAGAUGAGCUUGUGCUUGAGGAGCUGGAGCUUGAGGAACUUGAAAAAGAGCUCCAAGCACAAGUAAAACUUAAAAAUAAAAAAAUUCAGCGUCGUAACAAACUUCAAAUGUUGGCCUCAGCCAGCAGCCAUGUGUCUGUGAAACUUGACAGUAAACAAGAGGAAGCUUUAAAGGUUCUUAAGGAAGUGCAAGAAGCACUUAGUGUUGAAAAUGCCAAAAUAAAUAAUGAGCUUCAGAACAUAAUAGAAGGUGCUAAGCAGCUAACAGCAUUUUACUGCACUACGCAAGCUGAAAGUGAGUUUUGUGUUCUCCCAGUAUUUUUAUCUCAGCUCACAUUGGAGAAGUACCUACAACAAGAAGAGGAGAGCACAAAUGCGCUUACGUCUUAUGCAAAAAAACAGUUUUUUGAAGGAAUAUCUGACUUGGUUGAAAGUUCAAAUGAAGAAAACUUUCAGCUACUGGAUGCAAGUAGCCCCUCAGUUCAAGAAGAGGAUAAUGAGAUUCAGACUAAGUGGUGCCAUGAGAUGACCAGACUACAGCUAGCAUAUAUUGCUGCUCAAUAUCGGUGUGCUCAGUUAAAAGCUAAACAGCAAAACAACAAGUUCAGCCUGCAGCGUGUGCAAGAGAAUCUGCACUCCUUACAGAAAAACAAGGUCCCUAAGAAGGAGGAAGUAGUUGCCAGAAUUUCUGAUUUUAAAAAGGAACUGUUAGAAGUUGAUCAUCAAAUGGAACAAAUAAACAGUGAAUUGCUUCCUGCUUUAAUAAGGGAGAGUGCACGAUUGUUAAACAUGCCUAUUGUGAAAGGAGACCUUGACCUGCAGAUCACACGCCAGAACUACUACAUAUCCAGACAAGAUGAAAUGUGCAGUUACUUGACAAAGCAGAAGGCCUCCUUUGAACUUUUACAGUUAGCUUAUGAACUUGAAUUCAGGAGACACAGGGGUGUUCAUCGCCAACUUGAGAACCUAACCAAAGAACUUGAGCAAAGCAGGCAUGGCCUAGAUUGUCAGUUAGAGGUUCUCUCAGAUCCAGUAGUAUUACAAAACAGGAAACCACGCAAUACAGUUGAUUCAAGAGACUCUGCUACUCAAAGACUUCACGACCUUCUGGAUCUUGAGGGUACACAACAGCAGCUCUUCAGGACUUACAGUGGUUUGGAAAAAGCUGCUCAGAAUUUACAGCAGGACGUUGUCUCCUUGCAGGAUCAAGUAGCGUUAUGUGAUAGAGAGAGAUCUCAUCUUCUGUCAAAACUGGUUUCUGAUACUGAGCUUCUUAAGAAUGCAUUGUUCAGUGGACCAAAACAGUUGUUACUUAAUUCUCAGGAGCUUGCUGAACCCCUUCACCAUCUGGAAUCACAGUUAGAUAAGUUAAACAAGAUUGUUCUGGAUAUCCUUGAUGACGUAAAAGCAAAACGAAAGAUACUGGAGACCAACAAGCUAGACCAACUUGAACGAGAGCUUUAUCUUUAUUUCUUUAAAGAAGACAGCAAGUUGAAAGAUGCUACAGAGAAGCUGGAAGCUCAAGUUAGGGCUCAGUCCAUUGGGACUGAAAAUUAAAACUCUUUCAUUUCAUUGGUUUAAAGCAAAACAAAUGCUUUUGAUUUUAGGCUUAAAUGUUGUUUAUACUUUUAACGGAUGUUAAAUGGUUGCCUUAUUUGCAUACAGAUGUAUGAACCACACUGCUUAAUGGAGAUUGCAAAACACCUGGUAUUGAGAUGGGGAAGCAUUGCUCCCUCUUUGACAGUUGUCUGUACUUUGCAGUCUACUUAAAGCAUAAUAAAGCAGGAUUUUAAAAAAAGAUCAGUGCUAUUUUUUCUUCUGGUAUUCUGAAAAUACAAAAUGCAACUGUAUUCGGAGCACAAGCUUUCCUUGUUCCAAAAUAUUUUAACAUCUGCAAAAUGAUCUCUGCUUUAUGUUGAGAUCGUAUUUAUGACUCAGACCACACUUUGUUUGGUUUAUGGGAAUUUCGUGUUAUUUUCUUCACAAGUUUGUCUGAAUGGCUCCAGCAUCUUAUUACCUGUUUUUGCUUCAAACUCUUGACCCAGGAAAGGCUCACACAGCAAGGAGUUAGUAGCAGUACUUUCCAUCCUAGUUAAAGUAAUUAAAAAGUGCUCUGGAAUACAGGUUUAAGGAGAGUUUUUUGUUAAAUUUAACAGUAAAGGAAUUACAGCCAUUUAGAGACCAGCCAUAUAGGCCCCAACAGUUUUUUUAACCAAAGUAAUUAAAAGCCUUAAAUCCUUAAACUAGCUGCUCCAGUCUGACAUUUGUCUCACUUUUCAAGUCACGAAAGACCUAAUUUUAUUUGACCACCUAUUUUUUCACAAAACCAGUGACUAUGCAAAUACCAGUAUUCGGGACCAAAAUUUAUUCCAGCAAGUAAAUAAUGUGCUUGAGGGAUAGAUUCCUAAUAUUUCCAGCCAAUGGAAUAAGUUACCAUUACUGGUCAAGCAAAGUGCUGUUUUGUCUGCCUUAAGCUAGGGGGUGCAAAUAUCCUAGUUUUGGUACUCAAAAUAUGAGGGAAGGUUAACCCCCCCCUGCCCCAAAUGUAGUGUCCCAACUAGUCAUAUCAGAUCACAAAGCGGCCACCCUUAAAAUAAAUAAAGCCCAAACUCCCUGAAAACCCCAGAAUCUUUUAAGAACUUUCAAAGGCUAAUUACCUUAUAUUAAGAGAUGGCUUAGCUAAAUUCAAGCCCCCCCCCCCCCAACUCAGAACACUGUGGCCUAUGAGGAACUGUUUACAGAAACCCUGUACAAGCAUGUAAAUAACUGCAUAGAAACAGCAAUACAAAGCCAAAAUAAGCUUAGGACAAACUCCAAAAACAAGCCCCCUUGGUGAACCCCCAGUAUAAAUAGAUUGCACAACAAAAGAAAAUCCUAUACAAAAAUAAGAAGGGUGUUAGACUGAGGGUAUUCAUAGUGAGUUCACUAUUGUUAGAAUAAUAAGCCUGAAAAUAUAGAUUCAGACUUGUGUUUUCAUGUAUGCGUUCAGUUUCAGGGAAAGACAGUUCAGUAGAAAGAGGAAAAUAAUCUUGGUGGCAAAGCCUGAUAUGUGCAGAAGUAAUAGUUUCAUGGGAAAGCUACAGAAUGUUCCUUUCUCAGGGGAAGGAUAGGUGUAUUUGCAAUGGAGUGCUAGAUAAAGAUAUAGAUUAGAAACUGUGAGGCACAUGCAAUACAAGGCUUGAAAGCCAAGGCUAAAGAGGCAUGUAAAAUAUUACAGGGUUUUGGUAUUGUUAGGAAAUACUUCACGACGCAGUCAGAGAAGUAGCUUUUGAACUGGUAUGUAAAAGGGUCUUUACAGUACAGACACUCGAGCCUGAGUACAGAAGUCAGGUCAAAUAUCCAUACUGUUCAGGGGAGAAAGACAGUUUCAGUUGAUGUUCUUCAUGUAAAUCAGAAUAUAUGUGCAGAAAAAUGGAUAUAUUUAUCAACAUUGUUACAAUGGAUAUAUUUAUCAACAUUGUUACUGUUCUGCAUUUCAGAAUUUCUACAGACUGCUAUUGUGUAUCAACAUUGUUAUUAAAGACAGUAUUAGGAUAUUGUUAACAUCUAAUAAAACAUUAUUAACCAAACUACAGUGUGUGCAGACUUUCUUAAAGUACAAAAAGACUUGGCCCAUAAAAGAGAGAAUGGCACCAGUUCAGCAAAAGUUUGGGUAAUCAACAGACUUUCAUUCCAGUCUCAUUUCAGUUGUUUCCAGUUAAUUCUGGUAUACUGCAGUCUUAUCAAUUCUUUCAAAGGACUAUGCUCAACUGGCAAAAAAACUCUCUCAUCAAUCUCAACAAGCAACCCAGGUGACUAAACAAGUCCCCCAAAGCCAGCUGUGGGCAAAACUAGCUUCCCAGACUGAGGAUAACGAUAAGGCAUUUUUAGUUAUGUACUCAAACCUUAAGGGGAACACCCAACAUUGUGCUGAACUAAUAGUAAGUUUAGCUCCCUGUACCAAACUGGAGGAUAUAGCAGAUUUGCUGGCCAAUAAAUUUAGCUCCAGUUUCACUCCCCUGUCAUCCCCACUUGCCCCUCCCCGGGAAAUAUCUUCUACCAUUUUUCUCCCAACUGUCACUAUAGAACAGGUCCUCACUGUAUUCUCCAAAGCUAAAUAUAAUGCAUCGAUGGUUCCAGAUAAUAUCCCAGGAUGUCUCCUAAAUUACUUGAAACACAACCUAUCAGGUCUACUAGAAUCUCUUCAGUCAUGGCUUCCAAACAGGCGUCAUCCCUAGGUAGUGGAGGACUGCAAUGGUAAUUCCUCUGCACAAAGGGGAACAUUAACUUGGGGAACUACAGACUUGUGAUUUAGACUAGUUUUGUAUGGAAGGCCAUGAAAACAAUUUCUGCAGACCUGAUAAAGAUAUAGAAAAUCUUCAGACACUGGACCCACCCCAGUUUGGUUUCUUCAAGGGCAGGUCAUGCCAACCAAACCUGGUGUACUUUGAAGGUCACUAGAGCCAUGGAUGAGGGCGAAAUUGUGGAUACUGCUUACCUUCAUUUGUUAAAGGCAUUCGACACAAUCCUCACUCUGGUAUUAUAGACAAAUUCACAAAUUUAGGCAUAAAUCCCUGUUGCCACCCGAAGGAUAGCCAAAUGGCUCACUAAUUAGGACACAAAGUUAGGAUCGGGAAAUUCACCUCUAUCCAGAGGCCUGUUACUAGUGGUGUCCCACAAAGCUUGGUACUGGCACUUCUCCUGUUUGUAAUAUAUUUCUCUGAAGUCAAGGCAAAUGUAGAGGGUUUUUGGCUGACCAUAGUUGCUGACUACUGCAAGCUGGGUGCAGUCAUUUAAUCCCCCAAAGAUGUAGAUAUCCUGUAGAAGGGUCUGACACAGACAAAUAACUGGUGCCAGAACCACGGCUUAAAACCCAGUGCAAAAAUGCUUAUUUAUACCAUUUAGGAAGACAAUCACCCUCCCAAAUUAGAACACCAAUACCACUCACCAAAGGGUAGACCUAGUGGUAAGGAACUUUUGAACUCAGGUUGACAGUAACCUGAACUUUGCUCACCAUGUAGACAUGGUGGUAAGAAAUUUUGUCUGUGGCACAACUUACAGAUAAGGGCAUGGCAUCCAGAUCUAAGGAGUUCGUAGUCCCACUAUACUCAGUACUCAUUGGACCAGUAAUUGAGUACAGUGUACCCUUCAGCAUGUACUUGACCAGGAAUCUGCAGCAGCUGGAGCUGCCACAGAGGUUCCUCACUAGAAGAAUAUAGGAUGUAAAUAACAUUUCCUAAGCAGUCCAUCUCAAAGUCCUGUCUCCUGCAGAUUACUGAGGGGCAAUCUAUGCCUAACUUGCAAGGCAUUCUCUGAUCCAGCCCCGAUGGAUCUGCAGCACAUUCACAAAACAAACAGCAGUAGAAUUACCCAGUCUGUGGAUCUAAAUCUCAUCUGUGACAAAACGUGUUGGAGGGACAGGUGUGUGUCUCGAAGCUUAUCCCUUCUCUGGAACAGACUCCUCAUUCAUAUGAAGGAGAGCUUUUCCCCAAGCCUGCUCAAAUGCAGUUUUGACAAGUGGUUGGAAAAUUGGAAAUUCCUACAUUGGUUUGUCCCUUGUGUCUCGUGUACCAGGGCAGCUUGUAGAUGCCAUAAGGCACAGGCAUAUACCAAAGCUGUUCUAGUCCUUGGCAUUGAUAAUGGGGACAUGAAUGGCUAGGCAUAAAAAGGCUCUAGGGCCAUUAGCAUAUUAACCUAUAAUCCUACUUUGGAUUGUUAGACAUAAAUUUAUGCCUGGGUUAUUAUGUAUAGCUCUGCUUGAUUUGGGAGGUGAGCUUUAAGUACUGGUAAAAAGUAACAACUUGUAAGUGAGUCUACUUUAGAGGUGGAUAAGGAUAGGCCUAUUAUGAGCCCUGUGAUCAUUUGCGUAUUGUUUCUAUAUUCUUACCUCACUGACAUUCUUCAAGCACAACCUUGAUGAGUGGAUGGGAAGCCACAAAUUUGUCCCAGGGGUUUCACCAAUGUCCCUCAUUGACAGGGGUGACAAGUGCUGACUGAGGUUUCUUUUUGGGGAUAAACUCUUGGCUAGGCUUGUAAGGGCCCCAGGGCCAUUAGCCUAGUAACCUCCUAUGAUUCUAUUGUAUUGUCUGCUGUCAUUCCUACAUGAAUUGCCUAUACAUAGUAAGGUGUUACUAAGUUUAAUGCUGUUAGCUGCCAGAAAAGCAAUUACUUGGAAAUGGCAGUCAAAAUCUAAACCA